CUUCUAUCUUCCCGAAAAUUUAUCCGGGUUCGCCUCAAUUUCCGUUCUAGAUCUGAAUUUCCUGAUUGAAUUGGUAUUUAUAAAAAUUUGGUCUAACAAGAAAAUUUUUUACGGUUAUUGAUCUCUUUAGGAGGGGCAGUUUCCUGGUUAGUCCUAUUGAAAAUCACAAGAAUAUUGUUUCGACUAGAUAAUGGCCUUGAAAUUUUACAGAUUGAUCAAUUUUGUAACUUAGAAACCAAGCCUUACCAAUGAAUGAAUAGUGAGUUUGACUAAAACACGUAAGGGAGAAUAUGCAACGGGGAAAGGGGUGAAUAGAAUUUUUCAUUUUUAGAAAAAAUUAUAAUACUUGAAGAAACAGCAUUGAAUAGUAUAAAAGCGCAUAAAAGAUAAAUAGAACGAUCUUUGUACAUUGAAAAUUAAAACUCUUUAAGAACUAUAGAACCUGAAAUCGUUCUAUUUUUUGUUUAUUUUGAACGAAAUCUGUCUAUAUUAUUUUAUUUGGCAAAAAGAAGAUAUAGUGUCAAUUAAUAAGGUUGUUGGAAUAGUUAAAUUUUUCUUAUAAAUCUGUCUGAAAAUUAGGCAAUCAUCUAAAUUUUUCCACCAAUACAAGAUCUUAUUGGAAUAGAAUUAGGGUAAGUGGGAAUAAAAAAGUAGAGUUUAUCAUAGGAUCGCUAUUAAAAUAAAAUUUGUUAUUUAUAUAAUUUUUUAUUGUAAAAUUGCCAACAUCAAUUACUGAAAGGAAGUCUUGUUGCUGGCUUUAUUAUCAGUGUCUUUUAACGACCUACAUUUGUAUAUAUUCGCCAUGAACGUUUCGUGCGGUUCUUUUAAUCUGUUAUCGAAUCUUUAUCAAGAACGGUAUAUUUUUUUUAUUUAAAUUUGAACGGCGAAGAAUUUCUAACGUUCAUGUUAUAAUAGUCAAUACUAAUCAUAAUUAAUCGUACUCUUAUCUUAAUAAUAACCCUAUCCGGAUUAUCCGAUUUUAGUAUGACCGCUUCUAAAUAGUAGACUAUUUAUAUGUAUUUGUAUCCAAUUAAUGGUCAUUAUUAACAUCGAAAAUAUCCAGAAGAAAUAAUAUAUCAAUUCAACACAUUUACCGAUCUCACUGAGAAAAAUGGCUGUUAACAUACUUUUUUUUAACUAUAGUAUAAUUACAUAUCAGACUUAUCAUAGAAAGCGCAGACUCAAAGGGUUUAAAAACAGAAUUAAUAGUAAGAGAACUGUGAGAGAGCACUUCAUACAACAAAAAUAGAGAUCUCUCUUUAAAAUCAGGCCAAAUCCAAAAUGCCUUUCUUGUCUAGAUAAUCAAUGCUGUUGCCACAGUAGUAUAUAGACAACAAUAUUUCGCUACGUAUCUGACCAACCGUUUACCAUUUAUACCUCUUAAUGUUUUUGUCGAAAAUUUAAAGUGUUGAAAUAGUAUUAAAAUGGGCUGUGCACCUUCAGGAUAUUCCAAAUUAAAUUCAGGUGAUCCUUACAUAAUACGUGUCGAUCAAGCUUGGAAUAGAGCCAUUAAAACCUGCAAAACGAGAACAAAAAAGCCACCUAAGAUGGAGAGGGCAGAUUGGAAGACUGUCAGAAUAUUUGUCAGUUCAACUUUUAAAGAUUUCCACGCUGAACGAGAAAUACUUGUCAAACAAGUAUUUCCUGAUUUAAGACAAUGGUGUGAGUCAAGAAAUCUGCAUCUAAUCGAUUGCGACCUCCGAUGGGGAAUACCGAAAGAUUCUACAACAGAAGAAACGCUCAGGAUAUGCCUGAAAGAGAUUGAUAGAUGUUUUGAAACAAACGUAUGGCCUUUUUUCGUAAAUAUGACCUGUGAGAGAAUUGGAUGGAUACCUGAGGCUAAUAUCGUUCCUCAAUAUAUAAGGGACACUUACGACUGGAUAGACGAUUUAAGCGUAACAGAAAUGGAGAUUAUUCAUGCAGCCUAUAGGAUAGAUAAUCCAAAUGCUUUGUUUAUGUUUAGAGAUGCUGAUUUUAUCAAACAACUACCAGCUGAUGUUAGACAAGAAUUUACUGAUAUAAGAGAAGAAAGUGAAGCCGACAAUCAAAAUUUCAUUCAAUACAAGAUUAAAAGUCUACGUGAUAAAGUGAAGAGCAAAUUUAACCAUGAAUCCAUAUGCACAUAUAAAGUGGAUUAUUGUGGAAAAGAUCCUGAAACGGGAAAGCUAGAAUUUUCAGGUCUGGAAAAUUUUGCUAAGCAAGUGUUUGAAUUUUUCAAGAAAAAGAUUGCAAAUCAAUAUCCUCCUAUUAGUAAUGUUCACUUGGAUCCUUUAACUAAGAAAAAACAACAACAUGAAUCUUUUAUGAAAAGUAGAUGUGAAGACGUUUUAGGCAGGGAUGAAAUUUUGAAGCAAAUAGAAAAUUACUUAUAUAAAGAGGGUCCAGACACUCCAUUAUUGAUUCUAGGAAAUGCCGGAAGUGGAAAAUCAUCGAUAAUGGCAAAAUCAGUUGACCAAGCCAUUAAACAUAUAGCCAGUGGUCAAUUAAAGAAGCACAGGGGUAAAGACUGGAAUGUUUUUUGCCAUUUUGUUGGGGCUGUUCCGGGAUCAACUGACAUUGACGAUAUCCUACAGAGAUUGAUUAAAGAGAUGACAGGGCAGGAAGUUCGGGACAAUGAAAGAUCUAACAUAGUUCAAAUUACCUCCUCACAUCUCAGCAAUGAAAAUACAAAUCCUACUUUAAUUAUAAUAGAUGCUCUAAAUCAAUUGGAUGAGGAGGAUUCUGCAAAAUAUGUCACAUGGCUGCCAGCGAAACUAUCUCCUUCGAUUCGAAUUGUUUUAUCGAUGAUCGGUGACACUGCUCAAGGGAAAACUCUGGCAGCAAGAGAACCAAAACCAAAAGAAAUUCUUAUACAGGAGUUAGACGAAACUGCAAGGAAAGAAAUCGUCUCCACAAUGCUCGGAAAGUAUAACAAGAGAUUAGAUGAUGAACAAAUGAAUUACCUAUUGAGAAAAUCUUCUUCCCACAAUCCUCUUUGGUUGUCAAUAGCAUGCGAAGAACUUCGUGUAUUUGGAAGUUUCAGAGAAAUAUCUAAUAAAAUCAAUACACUGGCCAAUGGUCUUUUGGAGUUAGAACAACAAGUUUUACAAAGAUUUGAGGAAGAGAAUGGGGGCAAAUUAUUGGUUGCUGCUGUAUGCCUAAUAGAAACAUCUGGUAUGGGAUUGCUCGAGAUAGAAUUAUUAAGUAUCCUUAGUCACGACGUGUUUUUGGAAGCUUCUUUGGAUAAGAGCGAAAAAGAGUGUAGCGAAAAGAAGGUUAACUUUUCAGAAAAGCUACCAGCCUAUAGAUGGGCCGAAGUAUACAGAGCUUUGCGACCGUUUAUCAGACCUUUUGGAGAUAGUGAAGACGGUCGAUUGGAUUUUUAUCAUAGAUCUCUUAGUAAGGCCGUUAGGAAAAGAUAUUUCUACAAAGAAGAUGGAUCAGAAAAUACGGAUAUUUUCCAGUGGUGGCAUUAUGUUCUUACGGAAUAUUUUAAACAGACUACGAAUUUUCACCGACAAAUUGAAGAAUUACCAAUUCAUCUAAUAGCUACGAAGCAAACGAAACAUUUAGAAGAUUUCUUGUCUCAGUGGGAUGUCUUUGAGAAACUUUUCGAUCCUCUCUUAAGUAAAAAAUUGUUAGAUUAUUGGAGAACUGGGAGUAGUCUUCGUAAUAUGGGAGCUGUUUAUUAUAAUUUGGGACAAAAUUUCAAAAAUUCCAUCUCAGAGGAAAAGAAGGAUUUAGAAGAACUAUCUCAUAAAUUAGAGAAACUAUCGAUAAUUCUUGCUCAAGGUGGGGAGUAUGACCGAGCUAUAGAAUUUUCGAAAGAAGCAUUAGAAGCUGCAGAGAAAGCAGGAUCUGAUAAACUCAGAUUAGCUUCCUUAUAUCAUCUUUUAUCUUACGUUUUAGAUGAACAAUUAAAACUGCAAGAAUAUAUGUAUAGAAGUCAAUUAGGCGUUAUGAGAGAAAUCAUAAACAAUUUCGAGAAGGCAAUUGAUAUUUGGUCAGAAUCAAAUAAAACUGACAUCUUACAUAUAUUGGGAAGAUGCUUAAACAGGGUAUCAUUUUAUUAUAGCGGUUACGCCCUGAGAGGAGGUGAUGAGCACUUUAGCUCAACAACAGCUACAGCUUUAGCAAAAGAACGAGUUGAGAAAGCAAUUGGUAUUUUUACUAAACUAGGCGAUAGAGUAAUGGAAGGUGAUUGCUGGACAACGAAGGGAGUUGUUCUCGGAAGAGCUUGCUCCGAGCAAAUUAAAUGCUAUACAACAGCAAUAGAAAUGUUGACUCUUGCCGGAGGAGAGCUUAAUAUAAAUUUAGAUAGGUGUUACUUGAACACGGCUAUAUAUUACGAAGAGACAGGAGAUUAUUAUAAAGCAUACGAAUACUUUCAGAAAUGGUAUCACAUAGGAAUUGCACUCUAUGGGGAAGUCCACCCACGAAAUGUCCGAUGUAUCAAUACACUUAGAGAGCCUAUGUAUAAAAGAAUAGCUUUGGAAAAAGGAGAUAAAGUGCCCCAAUUCCCUGCAUCUGAAGAGUAAAGAGACUGAAAAUAUACUAACGAUAAAUCAUAAAUUUACUAAAUGAAUAUGUAAAUAGUAUUAAUAAUGAUAAUAAAUAAAACGUUAAAAUUCAACCUAAUUACUAAUAAAUUGCAUUAAAUGAAG